GUGAUAUAGAUAAAUCAAAACAACUGUAAAGUUAUUUGUUUUACGAUUCCAUAUACCAAAUAUUUACAUUUAUUAUCCGUAUCUCUAUACUUAAUUAUUAUGAACCCAUACUGCAAUAUUGAAAUAUAAGAAACGAAUACAAACGAUCACUAAAUACUGUGAAUCCUGAUAAACAAAGCUAACAUUUCCACAAUCCACGAGACGUUGCUCCAGAAACUUGGCAGCAUUUAUUAAUGUCGAUGAAGUUGUAUUAUGCGCCUAUUAGAACGGUUUGUAUGCACACGUCUAAAAUAUUUAUUUCUGUCCGGUCCGUGUACCAGUUUGUCCGGCGACUGCAGACUGAGCGGACGUAUCGUCAACAUGUUGGUGAAAUUACCUUUCCCGAUACAAAACAAAUUUUAUCCUGACGUCGAUAUGUUAAGGUGCAAAGACUUGAAUAGUUACGCUACUGAAUGCGUGGUACCUCGAAGACCAAAUAGGUGUUUACCACCUUUACCUGAAGAUAAAGAGUGUAGUAAUAGCGAAUUGAAAAAUUGCACGCAGAUGUCAUCAAGAAAACGCAAUAGGCACAGAGGUCAGUGCCUACUGCUUCCAGCAGUACAGGAAUACGACGAAAGUUGAAUAUCCAACACGGUUUUAAUGUUCAUGUGACUGUUUUAAUCUCCUCAACGUGGGCUGGCUAUGGUUUUCGAGGUUCUAGCACUGAAUUUGUUUUAUCAAAAUUAUACAGUGCAACAGCAGUUUACUUUGGAUGUCAAUAAUAUAAUAACGCGGCUCGUCAGUGUGAUAAGUGUUUAUGAGGAUAGGUUAAUUGUAUAUUAUGUUGUUAAACUUGGGACUUUGUGCCUGAGUUUGUAUAUGAUGUGCGCAUUGUAAAGUUUUCCACCACCGUAGAGCGUUUUAAAUUUCGAUUCAACACUGGUCGAUAAACGUCUCAUCUUUCUGUGUUGCAACACAGUAAUGUUUUUCUUUGAAUUAUUGAUAUUAUAAUUCCUGUUAUUUGAUUUAAGACGAAAUAAUUUUAGGUAGUUCAAAUUAUCAAAAUGUUUUGUUGAACUUAAACAGAUCUGAACAGUAAAUUCAAAAAUCUUCGUAGAUCUAAAUUUCCCAUUUUGUAAUUAAUUAACUAGGU